CUUUCAAAUCCAUCGAAUGUGGUAAUAAACAAAACAGUUACAGUUCAAGUGUACGACAGUGAAGAACUUGAAAGGAGGAUAUCAAUAUGGAUGCAUUAACGAUUCUCGAAAAAUGUAAGGAUGCUGGAAUAAACAAGGUACCAAAAUGUUCGUUAGUAAGCGAUUGUUCACCGCCAGACCCGCCCAGCCGGAAAUUAACAAAGGCGGAAUUGUCGCCGCAAGUAAAGAGAUAUUAUGUAAAUUGUAAGAGGAAGGCAUUCGAUUCGAAGCUGCAACAAUUUUGUUUGACACAUCCUAUUGUCAUUAUACAUGGUCUUACGGAAACGCUUAAGAUUAAUUUGAAUAAUUUUUUGACCAGGCCUCUAAUUAAAACAAAUCCCUCCAAGAGAAUAGAAAUACGUGAACAAGUAAAGUACGCUUCUGAUGAGAAUUGGGAUAGAAACCAUAAAAAGCAAAUCUGGAGAUGUUCCAGUCAGUCAAGUUAUAUGACGAUGACAGAGUAUGCGAAUUAUCAAAUUCAAAUACUCCUGAAUGAUUGUCUCGGUCAAAUGACUAAGGAAAAAAAGAAACAGAAAAAAUUCAAAACAAAGACAGUGAAAUUUGCUACCAACGUGGAUCUAAAUGAGAAACUAUGGAAGCUGCAAUUCGAUGAAUUAACAAAGUUACCAUCCUUCCUUAAAAUAAAUUGGAACAAUGAUAUGCUUACCUAUGUGGGUCAUAUAAUCUUAGGGGUGAACACUGCACAGUUAUAUAUGAAGGUACCGGGCUGCAGAACAACUGGCCAUCAAGAGAAUAAUAAUUUCUGUUCUAUCAACAUUAAUGCCGGACCGGGCGACUGCGAAUGGUUUGCGGUACCGUACGAGUACUGGGGCAUGAUACAUUCGCUUUGUAAAAACAACGGCAUUAAUUACUUACAUGAUAGCUGGUGGCCGCCGAAUUUGAACGUUCUACAUAAGAAUAAUGUCCCGGUAUAUAGAUUCCUUCAAAAACCGGGUGAUAUCGUGUGGGUAAACAUCGGUUGUGUGCAUUGGGUGCAUGCGAUCGGCUCGUGCAAUAAUGUCGCGUGGAAUAUUGGCCCGUUUACUGCCAGACAGUAUGAGCUGGCGAUAGAACGUUACGAAUGGAACAAGCUGCAAAAAUACAAAUCAAUCGUACCGAUGGUGCAUCUUUCAUGGAGGUUGGCACGCAAAAUUAUAACAAUUUCAGAUCAGCAACUGUUUCAUCUAAUCAAGAACUGCCUGAAGCAAACAAUGAUAUAUAAUUACUUGACACUUGAAUUUUUACAAAACAAAGGUGUGAAAGUAGAAUACGACGUACGACACCAAUUUAAGAAGAGACUAUCGUAUUAUUGCCAAGAUUGCCAAGCUGAGGUGUUUAAUAUAGCAUUUUUGGAGGAGGAGGAAGAGAAUAAAUUUAUAGUGUAUUGCAUAGAUUGCGCGCUGAAGAAGUCUCCUUCAUUGAAGGGAUUUCAUUGCCUGAAGAAGUAUCGUAUGAAGAAGUUAAUGAAGAUUUAUGAUAAUUUUACUAUUAAUUAA